AUGCUCCACGCACAUAACUGCCAUUCUCCCAAUGCUGUGUUCUCGCUUCACAUAGACGGCCACCCAGACGCUGGUGACCCCGAUGACUGGAGCAAGACCCCUCUCUACAGAAUGCCAAGAAAUGAGCAUGAACUUAAGUUGAUGAUGCAGCAAAACGAUAUCUUUAUUCAGAUAGCUGCUGGUACCGGGUUGAUAAAUCGCUUCAUCUGGGUGUGGCCAAAGUUUGAUGUUGGCGGCUGGUUUCAUAAGAAAAAUGAAUCUUACGUCUCCAUGAAGCUGGAAGUCGGGUUCAUGUACCAAGACGAGGGGAUCCGUCCAGCACUCGAACUGUGUUACUGCUUACAGUCAGACUAUUUCCAAAUAAAACAUCCAUGUAAUAUAGCCAAAGUGAAUAGACGUAUGCUUGAAGGUAUUGAACCCUUUCCCAUAGAUCGGGGAAGCUGUCUGGAUAUGACCCUGGGCGGUAUUGUGGAGCUCGUGAGUACAGACAAGGCUAUAGAGCUGGCUAAGUCAGGCAGCUGGAUCAAGGCGAGUGACAGCGUCAUCUUGGACAUUGACGAGGACUUUUAUGGAUGUGAAGCUGUGUCCGCACCUCUGUAUGAUGCUGGGAUGAAUGAGGACGACAUUAAAGGUCUGUCCUUCUAUGUUGGAAAGAUUUUGUGUACUGACAAUGCAAAGGAUGAAAUGAAAGCUGAUAGAUACUUUCAGAAACUUCUCAAAGCUGUGCAAGAAACACUUAAACGUUGCCACAGUGGCCGACUAGGAGAAGAGACAUGUGAGUCUAACCAUGCAUUCACUGAAGCAGUAUUAGCCUUGAUGCCAGAUAUGACGACAACAAAAGAUAUUAUGUGUCUUCCUAAGGAGUCGACCCUAUUCAUGUUAGUGAACCUUGUCGCACGUCUGUCACGAUGUUCCGACACACAACUUCAACAUAUAGCAAGCAUUGGUGUUUGCAUGUACGAGUCCCAAAGAUCAACGACUUUCAAUCGAAAUAACGGAAUGAUUCUUUGUGCCGGAUACAAUGGACCAAUGAGCGAUAAGGUGUUAUAUCAUAGUACAAAUGAACAGGAAAUCGCAAUUUCUUCAAGAAGUCUCAAAGAAAUGUUAACACAAGCUUUCAUCCCUCAAGUUGUAACAGUGUGUAGGUCUGUUCGGGAUGGUUAUACACCGAGAAGGAGUUUCCACUGAUAGAAGAAGGGGUGUUGGGUGCUCUUAAGGCAGUGUACCCAGACCACGUGAGAGACGACACAAUACAUUAUGACAGUGAGCUGCUGGGAGGACGUGAAGGCUGGUACUCCAGAUACAACCGUUGAACAAUUAAUCUUCAUAUAGGUACCUGUUGCAAUCUUAUCGAUACAAUAUCUAUAAAUAUUUACGUGUAUGCACGUGUCUGUGUGUUGCAAUACUAAAACGUUCAGUUUGUGCGAUGGCAUUGUGUCAUAAUGCUGGUUUGAAAAAGACCCAGCUGUUGAUUAAUUUUCAGUUAGUGUUUGUAGUCGCCGUUUCCUCUAUCCAUAUUCAGCUAGUAAACCAUUUCUGACAGUAGCGUUAAAGAAAUCACACCCAUACGAUGGUUUCUCUGACCAAGUCCCGAAAGAAGCCAUGUGGGUAAUCAAACCCGUGUUUUCAGCUUGACGAGCGUACGCUGUAACCAAUGAGGACUAAGUCUAUGGUCAGUUUUGCAUUGCUUUAUCACGGAAUGGCAACUGGGGGUGAGAGAAAAGCUGGAAGUAAGCCGGUCUGUGCCACUUUGGCGAAACCCACGUGCAUGGGAUAUUUCGAAAGGUAGUCAGGUUCAAUUGGACUGGUCGAACCUGAGAUUUCUAGUACGCAUAAUCGACCACACCCUCUUCACCAAUAGUUUAAUGUUUACUGAAGGCGCCAGCCACUAGUGUUUAUGGUCUCGAUUCCAUCAUGGAUUGAUGUUGUUAAUGCGGUUUUGUUGUGUGUGUUAUGUGUCAUGUAAACAAUCGGUGUCAGUAAAGUCUUUCUUCGUGCAUUUGA